UUUCUGCCUCUGGGAUGGCUCAUUUUAAGCCUAGCGGGAUGGCAAAGCUGACCAACCCCCUCAUUAGGGUUCCAUACACCUUAUCUGCAUGGUUCUACCCACACAAGGGUGCCAUGCACAUUAUUUGCAAGCUGUCCAAUUUCCUUGGUGGACCACAAGCACCUUAUUUGCACCUACCCAAUCAUUUGAUGGGAGUUACAAGACCAUAGCAAGGAAGGCCAUAUAAAAGUGAUCUACCACACCACAAGCAAUCAGUAAAGCUUCCUUGAGACAACUGCUAAGUCCUGAAGGAUGAGUAGGAGUGUGCCAGGAGAACAGAGGGGCUAAAAUGAAGGGAACAAAGAAGGAAAAGCAAUUCAGUUUGGCUGCAGCAUUGUGUGUGUUAAAACAUAAAAUUGGAGAGGUAAGUAUGGUCAGAUCUUGGCCAUAUCCAAGAAAAUUCGGACUUGAUCCUGAAAAGAAUGGAGAGACAACUGAAUUGCUUUAAAUGGGAAUAAAAUCAGGUUUAUUCUUUGGAAUUCAGGGUGAAUAGACUGGAGAGGAUCAGGAGACUUGCUAGAGCAUUAGAAAUGAUGGAGGCUUGAACCAAGGUAGUGGCAGUGGGCUUGCACAGCUGUCCAUGAAUGUAUUUUUUUUUUUAAUAAUUUUUAUUGUGCUUUAAGUUUACAAAUCGUCAGUCUGUCACAUAUAAGCUUAUACACACCUUACUCCAUACUCCCACUUACUCUCCUCCUACUGAGUCAGCCCGCUCCCUCCUUCCAGUCUCUCCUUUCGUGAAGGUUUUGCCAGUUUCUAAGCCUCUCUACCCUCCCAUCUCCCCUCCAGACAGGAGAUGCCAACACAAUCUCAAGUGUCCACCUGAUACAAAUAGCUCACUCUUCAUCAGCAUCUCUCUCCAACCCAUUGUCCAGUCCGUUCCAUGUCUGAUGAGUUGUCUUCGGGAAUGGUUCCUGUCCUCGGCCAACAGAAGGUUUGGGGACCAUGACUGCCGGGAUUCUUCUAGUCUCAGUCAGACCAUUAAGUCUGGUCUUUUUAUGAGAAUUUGGGGUCUGCAUCCCACUAAUCUCCUGCUCCCUCAGGGGUUCUCUGUUGUGCUCCCUGUCAGGGCAGUCAUCGGUUGUGGCCAGGUGCCAACUAGUUCUUCUGGUCUCAGGAUGAUGUAAGUCUCUGGUUCAUGUGGCCCUUUCUGUCUCUCGGGCUCACAGUUAUCCUGUGACCUCAGUGUUCUUCAUUCUCCUUUGAUCCAGGUGGGUUGAGACCAAUUAAUGCAUCUUAGAUGGCCGCUUGUUAGCAUUUAAGACCCCAGACGCCACACUUCAAAGUGGGGUGCAGAAUGUUUUCAUAAUAGAAUUAUUUUGGAAAUUGACUUAGAAGCCCCCUUAAGCCAUAGUCCCCAAACCCCCGCCCUUGCUCCGCUGACCUUCAUUCAGUUUAUCCAGGAAACUUCUUUGCUUUUGGUCCAGUCCAGUUGAGCUGACUUUCCGUGUAUUGAGUAUUCUUCCCUUCACCUAAAGUAGUUCUUAUCUACUAACUAAUCAGGAAAUAACCCUCUCCCUCCCUCCUUCCCUCCCCUCCUCGUAACCACAAAAGUGUGUUCUUCUCAGUUUAUACUAUUUCUCAAGAUCUUAUAAUAGUGGUCUUAUACAAUAUUUGUCCUUUUGCCUCUGACUAAUUUCACUCAGCAUAACGCCUUCCAGGUUCCUCCAUGUUAUGAAAUGUUUCACAGAUUCGUCACUGUUCUUUAUCGAUGCGUAGUAUUCCAUUGUGUGAAUAUACCGUAAUUUAUUUAACCAUUCCUCUAUUGAUGGACACCUUGGUUGCUUCUAUGUUUUUGCUAUUGUAAACAGAGCUGCAAUAAACACGGGUGUGCAUUUAUCUGUUCGUGUAAAGGCUCUUAUUUCUCUAGGGUAUAUGCCGAGGAGUGGGAUUUCUGGGUUGUAUGGUAGUUCUAACUUUUUAAGAAAAGGCCAGAUAGAUUUCCAAAGUGGUUGUACCAUUUGACAUUCCCACCAGCAGUGUAUAAGAGUUCCAAUCUCUCCGCAGCCUCUCCAACAUUUAUUAUUUUGUGUUUUUUGGAUUAAUGCCAGCCUUGUUGGAGUGAGAUGGAAUCUCAUCGUAGUUUUAAUUUGCAUUUCUCUAAUGGCUAAUGAUCGAAAGGAUUUUCUCAUGUAUCUGUUAGCUACCUGAAUAUCUUCUUUAGUGAAGCGCGUGUUCAUAUCCUUUGCCCACUUCUUGAUUGGGUUGUUUGUCUUUUUGUGGUUGAGUUUUAACAGAAUCAUAUAGAUUUUAGAGAUCAGGUGCUGGUCGGAGAUGUCAUAGCUGAAAAUUUUUUUCCCAAUCUGUAGGUGGUCUUUUUACUCUUUUGGUGAAGUCUUUGGAUGAGCAUAGGUGUUUGAUUUUUAGGAGCUCCCAGUUAUCUGGUUUCUCUUCGUCAUUUUUGGUAAUGUUUUGUAUUCUGUUUAUGCCUUGUAUUAGGGUUCCUAACGUUGUCCCUAUUUUUUCUUCCAUGAUCUUUAUCGUUUUAGUCUUUACCUUUAGGUCUUUGAUCCACUUGGAGUUAGUUUUUUGUGCAUGGUGUGAGGUAUGGGUCCUGUUUCAUUCAUGAAUGUAUUCUUAAAGAGAUAAUUGGGAGAUAGAAGAGACAGGAUUGGGUGACAGAUUGGAUGUGGAGGCUGAGGCAAAGGGAAGGGUCUGAGAUGACACUCCAAUGUCUUAAUCAGGGACAACUAAAUUACAGAAAGGAGAAGUCUGGGGGAAGAAAAUAAGUUCAGUUUUGGACAGGAUGAGUUUAAGGUGCCUGGGGGAGACAUGUCCACAUGAUGUCCAGUGAGCUUUGGAUGCUGGAUCUGGAACUCUACAGAUAUGUGGGACAGAGAUGGAGAUUGGGAACAGUCAGCAUAAAAGCAGUCAUAAAAGCCUUGGGGUGAGUGUGUUCCUUAAGGGAGAUUUGAAUUUCUGAGAAAAGAAGGUCUGUGAUAGGACCCUCAGGGAUAUAAUUAAGGGCUGGAUGGUGGAAGAUGAGCCUCCUGUGAAAACAGAAAUGACCAGAGGGAUGGGAGAAAAACGAAAGAAUUCAGGGUCAUGGGAGUCAAGAUAGAAUGCAUUUCAAGGUUAGAGUCCUUAGAACAGGCUUCCAUCAGACCUUGAAAUUCUCUAUAACACACUCACGCUAGAUUAUAAACUCUAGGAGCAUAGGGUCUCUAUUAGCUUGAUUAGUUAUUUUAUCCCAGUACUCCACACACUGCCUGGCACAUAGUAGGUGUUCAAUGAACAUACGAAUGAAGGGUCUUGAUCUAUGGGGGAAGUCUCACCAGAUGAUGGAAUGUGCCUCCAGGAAUGAACAUGUUCCAUACUGCACUUCAUUCUCAUGCUUUGUUACCAAUGGUGACUAGAAGGUGAAUUGUGAUGUGUGGAAUGUGGGACCUUGGGGAAUUCUGUAACCAGGAGGAGGAAAUAACAACAGCCAACGGAGAGAAAAAGAACCCCUUUCUUUCUCCCUCCAAGUUCCUAGUGGAGAGCUGAGCCCAGCAUUCCAGGCUUGGGUGACUUCAUAAGUAAAGAUUUAGAGAUCUGCUUCACUUUGGGUGCCCUAGCCCUCAGCAGCUCAAGGUGUAGGCCUCUGAGCAGACAGGAGGCUUCCAGGUGGCAAAGCUCCCUCUCUCAACAAGUCCAACACCAUGGGGAAGGGAGACACUCUGGAGGGCCCACCACCCACCACAGCCUACCGCUCUGUCAUGGAGGAGUAUGGUUAUGAGGUGGGCAAGGUCAUUGGCAAUGGCUCCUAUGGAACGGUGUAUGAGGCUUACUACACAAAGCAGAAGGUCAUGGUGGCUGUCAAAAUCAUCUCAAAGAAGAAGGCCUCUGAAGACUAUCUUAACAAAUUCCUGCCCCGUGAGAUACAGAUAAUGAAGGUCCUACGGCACAAGAACCUCAUCAACUUCUACCAGGCCAUCGAGACCACAUCCCGAGUGUACAUCAUUCUGGAGCUGGCUCAGGGUGGUGACGUCCUUGAGUGGAUCCAACGCUAUGGGGCCUGCUCUGAGCCCCUUGCUGGCAAAUGGUUCUCCCAGGUGACCCUGGGCAUCGCCUACUUACACAGCAAGGGCAUCGUGCACCGCCUGACGCCCAGCCUUUCUGCUGCUGGUAGGGACUUAAAGUUGGAGAACCUGUUGCUGGACAAGCGGGAGAAUGUGAAGAUAUCGGACUUUGGCUUCGCCAAGAUGGUGAUUCCUAACCAGCCUGUGCGUAGUAGCCCUUCUUAUCGCAACAUGAACUGCUUUGCCCACCUCAGCCAGACCUACUGUGGCAGCUUUGCUUAUGCCUGCCCGGAGAUCUUGCUAGGCCUGCCCUACAACCCUUUCCUGUCUGACACCUGGAGCAUGGGUGUCAUCCUCUACACCCUAGUGGUUGCCCGUCUGCCUUUUGAUGACACCAAUCUCAAGAAGCUGCUGAGAGAGACUCAGAAGGAGGUCACUUUCCCAUCUAACUACACCAUCUCCCAGGAGUGCAAGAACCUGAUCCUACAGAUGCUACGCCAAGCUACCAAGCGUGCCACCAUCCUGGACAUCAUCAAGGAUCCCUGGGUACUCAAAUUCCAGCCUGAGCAACCUACCCAUGAGAUCAGGUUGCUUGAGACCAUGUGCCAGCCUCCCAGUACCACUAAUCGCCACCAAUCUUUGGAAAUCAAGACCUGAGAAUGGCUGAGGGAGGGGGAUGAGAGAGGAGCAGAGUAGGAGGGCCUGGGGCUAAAAUCUUUUGUAAGAAAAAUAAAUUUAAUCCUGAUUUAGUUUCAUCAGCUGGGGUCAAUGACAUCCGUUCUUCAGGGGAAUCUUAGCAGUAAACAUUGCUGAGAGUAAGAGGUAGAUUUCUGCCCAGAGCCUGUAACCAGUAAUCUUGACACCUUUAUACGGACACUGUAAUUCACAAUGUGGCUCAUGUGGGGGAAGGGGAUGGUGUGCUCAGAUUAACACCCACUUUGGGGAAGCUUCGUUAUUCUGGCUAAGUACAGGCUCAUUAGUUUACAUUUCUGUGCUCUCUAAAGGUUCAAGUAGUGGGACAAAGGCCCCAGCUGCUCUGCUUUGGCCAUGGCUCUGCCUCUAUAGUCCAUAGGAAUAGCUUCCCCCUCCACCCCACUUUUUAAAGAAAUGGGUAUUAGUGUGUGCAAAGUACCUUGGUUCCUUCUCCCUCCAAAUGCCACCUUACCUAGUACUGAAACAAUCCCAGUGAGCUAGGGCCCCUCACACUAUUAUUAUUCAAAGACACAGAAGAAGCAGAGUUCAAACCAAGCUUUCUAGUGGUGAAAGUUAUUAACCCUAGGCUCUAAAUAAAGGAAAGCCACUUGCCCCUUCCAUCUCUGUACUCUCCUUUCAUGACAAAUGUGUUUUGCAAAAGGAAAAAGGAUGGUAAAUCAUGGGCCAUGUUAGCAGAGGCAUGACUGGGGGAAAGAGAUGAAAAAAGAUUUAAAGAAGGAUCCACAUGGUUCUAAGAUAACAGGUGGCAGUAGUCUCAGCCUCAGCACUAGGCAACUCUAGGACAAACCAAUUUGAAAGAUGAAACAGUGUCUGCCUGGAACAAAGGAGGUUAAGAAAUUGGGAAAACCCAUUUAUUUGUUCUAUGUUUCAA